CUCCUUGGAGCCUUCUUACCUUUUGUUCUUUUCUGACCAAUUCACACAUUUACUACAACAAUGUUGCGUUCAAUCACCGCAGCUCAAACUACCUGUACUAGACCUUUGACAACUGCAGCACUGCGUUCAUUCUCAACAACGCGUGCCGCAAUGGUCAAUGACAAAGACAAAGAAGCUGAAAUUGCUAAAGCAGAAGAAAAUAGAGCGCUGCAUCCUUUGGAUGCCAUUUCUGGUGCUCCAGAGGAAUUGUUGGACCGCACUGUGCGUAUUUUCAGUCCUUCCAAACCAGCGACUCAGUCCGGCAAAUUUGGUACGCGACACUGGCGUAUCGAUUUUGACAUUCUACCAGAAGGAAAUCGCUGGGAGAAUCCAUUGAUUGGAUGGGCAUCAAGCGCUGACUACCAGCAAGGACUGUCUAUCAAAUUCAGCACUAAAGACGACGCAAUUGCUUUCGCUGAGAGACAAGGUUGGAAUUACUACGUUCAAGAGCCCAAGAAGGUUAAGUUCGCCAAGAAGUCGUAUGCAGACAAUUACAAAUAUGUUCCCGGCCAAUUGAGACUGAUUAAAACCAAAUAAAUCGAAAGUUGAAAUAUCUACCACUCAAUGACUUUCGAUCUCUCGUGACUUGGUAUGCAAACAAAAGCAGAUAGAGUGUAGAAAAACCAGGGUGACAUGCAAUAUUGCUGUGGUAUGUCUCUUUGUGCUUGUUGUGUGGAUGUUAUAAUGGACGAAUAGGUCGCUCAGUUAUUUUCUUUUGCGAGAGCUUACAAACAAGAAGCUGGAACAUAAGCUACUCUCACUUUUGCACUACAGCAAUACAAUGUAGUAUAUAU